GUUCACCACUUCAGAGAUUCCGCAAUGGCCACACAGGUAGCGCCGGAACAACAAGCUAUGGCACUUGGGCUCAAAGCACAGCCGAAGGUGCCAGGAAAUGGCUGCUGCAUGUGUUGCGGAGGCUGAUGAUGGUCGCAUCAUCGAAUACUAUACCUAUGGCAGCGAAGAACCCGAUGCCCAGGUGCUGUUGCAGAUUAAUGGUUCCUGCGGAUCCGCUCGACUUUUCAGUCAGAUGACGGGUAUGGUGAAGUUAAUGAAAGAUUUGAAGAUCCGUGGUAUCAGCAUCUCUUUGCCAGGCCAUGGUUUCUCAUCAAAUCACCCAUCGAGACAAAUCGGAAAUUGGCCACGAGAAGAUGUCAAGCCAGUCUUUCAGAAGGAGCAGAUUCAUUCAACUUUCAUGGUUGAGGGAAUGAGCUUUGGUUCCUCCCAUGCCAUGGCUGUGAUGCAUGAGUUUCCCGAUCGAGUGACGCGAGUCCAUUUGCUGGUUCCUUACCUACCGGUAGAGAUUCGAGAACAAGAGGGUUGGCGGCUCUAUGGACAAGAUGAUUCAUUUCGCUGUCAUCAUCCCUGGGUAAGUAGUUGUUGGCCUCGCGCUUGCUGUCUCUUUUGCUGCUGUACCAUGUGUUUCAAUUGUUGCGGUGCUGCCAAUAUGGCAGUGGCCGAUGCCAAGAAAUUCGACAAGGAGGUCGGAUAUUCCUUGUCUGCCAUCCAGGCCGAAGAUAUCAGACAUGCAUAUGCUGCAUCCAUACACGGAUUCAUUUACAAUGCGCUUGUGCCCAUGACUGUGACGAACUGGGGAUUUUCCCCAAAGGACACUGAUGUCAGCAAAAUGAGAAUUUUGGUGAGCUACGGAAAAGAGGAUAAACAGAGCCCUCCAGAGCAUGGGAAGCUCCUUGGAGACAUGUACAUGCAAAAGGAAGAAAAAUGCAUUACUAACAUCGGCGAUGGUGGCCACAGCUCUCAUCACAUUCGAUUUGGCCGAGGGGAGCUCCUUCAGCUCAUGAUGUCCGUUUAGUACGCAGCCACUUCCACUCGUCUCACCUCAGAUGCAGCUCGACGGAAUUGCACCUUGCGUACGUGCCUGAUGCGCAUCAGAAAGGCU